CGAAUCUGUUCUCAAGUUCAGUCUUACAUUAGAAUGUGGGCCACAACAUUUGAAAAGGAAAAGAAAAUUUGGAAGGGUAACGAUUUGCCGACCUGUGAACGAAAUUUGUCGAUUGCCACUGUUUUACUGAAGUCAUUGAAUUCGGAAAGUAAAAAGAUCGCUCAGAUUAAUGCUACCACCGGUUAUUCGUUAACUUUCGACGAAAUUCGAAUUCGUACCAAUCGAGCAGCAAGGAAUCUCCAGAAGCGUGGCAUAGGCCUAGCAACUGAAGAAAUAUUUGGAAUCGUUGCACGAAGCCAUGAUCACCUGGCGCCGGUCAUUUUUGCUUCGUUUUCACUUGGCUGCACAAUUUACACGAUCGAUUCGCUCUUCAAGAAAUUUGAAUUUGUCCAAAAAUUUCAAAAAAUUAAACCGAACGUGAUUUUUUGUGAUAUAAAUGCUUAUGAUACGGUUGUUGCUGCUUUAGCAGAAUUGAAUCAUCAAGCGAAGAUCUUCACAUUCGACGGGGAGAGGGGUGGAUCCGUAAAUGUCGACCAUUUAUUCGAAAAAGUUGACGAUGAUGCAGAUAUAAUACCCGUUUCAGUAGAUGCUGUCAAUCACUUAGCAGCUAUAGUUUGUUCUUCCGGAACCACUGGACCAGCAAAAGGUAUUUGUAUGUCACAUUCAAUGUUAAUCAAUGCUGCCACCUUUACUUACGGUUGGGAACCUCAAUCGAAACGCAUUUGGCUAAAUACAUAUUCCAUUUAUUGGUUCAGAUCUUUGCUAUCUUUAAUAGCUGGAACUAUUCAUUGCGCGACACGUGUAAUUAUUACCGAAAAGUUUACUCCACAACGCAUUUUAGAAAUCAUUGAAAUUUUUCAUGUGUCUCGGUUAUCUGCAUCACCAUACAUGUUGAAAGAAUUGAUUCAUUGCGAUGCCAUCAAAACGGCCAACUUGUCAAGCGUCGAAAAUAUAUUUCUGGGCGCUUACAAGCUUCCGUAUGAAAUCGGUAAAAUGAUGGAUGACCUACUGCCAAAUGGAUCCGUCAAUAAUCGGUAUGGUUUGACUGAAUUGGGCGGAACAGUAGCAAUUGAAGUGCCCAAAUUCAGUAAAGGCUCAGUGGGAAAACUGAAAAGUGGGAAUGUUGCGAAAAUUGUGGAUGAAAAUGGGAAAAAGCUUGGCGUCAAUGAGCGCGGUGAAAUUUGCAUAAAAUCAAUGUCAAUGUUGUCGGGAUAUUAUCAAGAAGAGGCGCUAACCAAAGAAUCGUUUGAUGAAGAAGGAUUCUUCUUUACUGGCGACAUUGGCUAUUUUGAUGACGAAUGCGAUUUGUUCAUUGUCGAUCGAAAGAAGGAGACAUUUGAGUAUAAUUCUUACGUCAUUUCGCCAUCAGAAGUUGAGGGUGUGCUUCUUCAAUCGCCACAAAUUGCUGAGGUGUGUGUAUUCAGUGUAUUCAAUCAGCGUGGGGAGGAAGUACCAACAGCUGCAGUUGUUCGAGCCGCAAACUCAGAUAUUACAGCUGAUGAAAUUGUUCAGCUAAUCGCCGAUUAUUUCUAUGAUCGGAAUAAGCUUGCUGGAGGCAUUUAUUUUGUUGAUUCAAUACCGAAGACACCAUCUGGUAAAAAUCUAAGACGAAAAAUGAAGGAAAUAUUUCUUGAUCAGAUAGCAACGCAUCACCGCACCAGCACCAGCAUUUCAUCCACCACUGAAGGGUAGCUGCCAUUUUGUAAUUUAUUAUUUACUUAAAAUUUACUUCAAUUACAUACCCACAACUUGUGGGCC